CCGGUAAUUGUCACUCGACGAUAUGGCAACAGUUGACGACAACCAAGCUUAUGAAGGCGACGAUGGAGAUCAUCAGUUCACAAAUAAUUUUAUUGACACACCAUGGGACGAUCGAUCGAAAAAAAGCAAGAUCGGAAUCAUUUCAUUAUUAGUGGCAAUUUUUGCUCUAAUAGUUAUGUGCGUCUGUCAUAAUAUUAUGAUGCACUAUGCAACUGGAUCUUUUCCGACAUUUAAAGUUGAAAACACUUGCCCCUUAAUUAGUUUAAACGAUAUAGGAUAUUAUAACUUUGUUGCCAAGGUGUAUUCGUUAUCGUCGAAAGAACUGCUGUGCGUCGGGGCUGUGUUGAGUGAUAAUGCUGUGUUGGCGGACGAAAUCUGUGCUAGAGACGGACCAGUUAUAUUAGUCGUAGGACAUUCCAAAGAUCCACGCUGCAAGAAAGGUCACGCUGUUGAUGAAAUUAUUGAGGUGGAUCAUGAGGGCAUGUUAUCCCAAAAAUUAAUUAUACUAAAGAGCAAAAGUGAUUUGUCCGAAUGUCGAAGUACUAUCCAUAUCGGAUCGGAAUUAGAGUGGAAGACGCCCGCUCAUAUUAUCGGGCGGCCAUUGACGCACAGUGGCCGAGCACUUAUCACUAAGCAGCCAGUGGCCGUGUUCGGAAGAGGUAACUGUUCUAUACCGGCAACGUUGAGCCAAAAAUUGGAUAAAAAUAUGAUAAUUUGCGUUACAAAUUUCGGUCGUUGUCAAGUACAAGCCGGGGAUUUGCUCACACAGCGGGGGCGCCUGCUCGGGUUGGCGUCCACCGGGGUGCAUCGCUCGGGGAGCACGGCGGCUUACUUCGCUGAUUUAAACUCCGUAAGGGGAGAAUUAGCACCAUUCGUAGAUGCUUCAUUUUAAACGAUAUACUAAGCAAGUAUUAUAUGGCUUAACUUAAAGAACUUAAACAAUUUAAUCAUUAUUAGCUCGCAGAUACUUAAUAGAUAAAAGUAUUUUUUUACUGCUGGAUAAUGAACUUUCGACCAUGUAAAUCCAUUGUCAGUAAGUCAAAAUUCAUAAAUUGCUUUAGGACUGCCACUAUAUCGAUGCUACUAUGGUUAACUUAUAGGCUGAUUGACUGGCUUAGCUAUGUGCGACUGAUUAAAAUAGGUAAUGAGUACCUAAGUGUUUUUAGUAAGUAUAAAUUAAUUACUCAAAUUAGCUAAGGCUAAGACCUUCUACUAGAAAAUCAUCGCAUUACUAUUUAACAGCUGCUUGAUUUAUGUGGUGCGGUAGACCUAUACGUAGCACCUAUACCUACACACGUGUUUUUUUAAUAACGUAAGUGCCCCAUUGAGGAAAUAUAUACCUGCUUUGCGGAGCUCUCGGUAUAUUGCUUAUUAUAAUGGUCCUCAAAAACGGCCCUGAUUUUUCACUGACAGUUAUCUCUUUCCCUGAAAUAUAUGUAGGUACUAUGGGCAUACCUUUAAUUUAAACAUCAGCAGGUAUUGUUACAGCCAUAGCUAUAAAAUAUGUUAAAUUAGAAUUUCUAUAUGAUUAAAUUAAUAUGUGAAUAAAUAUAUUUUUAUAAAAAUUCA